AUGGCGCUUCAUCUCGCCAGACGCAAACAAAGGUUACAUUCUAACCCAUCUCUGAUUCAUCUUUUCUCAACCUCAUCAUCCUCACCUCCUCAAGACGGAAAUGAAUCUGGCGAGCGCCCCUCUCAAUCACCAUUGCCGUCCGAUUCUAAAAUGUCAUCGUUGUUCAGUGGUAUUAAGAGCAGCUUGAAACAGAAAUCCCAGAUUCAGCCCCAGGAUGGGAGGAGACAGUUCGCCAAUUUCGAUGCCAAAGCUCCGAAUCAGGCGCCGUCGUUCUCCGGUAACCAAGUCGGCGGAAAUUUACAGGAUAUCAGGAGGAAUCUCAACGAGUUCCGGAGUGGAGCAGCAGCUCCGCCGGCGAUGGAUUUGCAGGAUAUGUACAAACAAUCAAAAUCGGGAGGUUAUGGGAGUGGUAAAGUCGAGGGUACGCGUUUUGAAAACAUAAAGCAGAACCUAAGGCAGAUGAGGCCGCAAGGUAACACGGAGGCCAGAUGGUCCAAUCUAUCAAGCCUUCAGAGCAUCAUGAAGACGAAACCCAGUGAAAAUGUCCGUUCAAAUGUAUUGGGAGGAGCAGAGGAAUUGCCCGUUUCCGUGUUUGGGGAGGAAACGGGACAAGGGAAGAUGACGGAAGAGGAGAUGGAGGAGAUGAAAUCGGAGUUUGUCAAGCGUUAUGACCCAAAAGAGUUGGGCGAGAUACUGAGACUGUACAGACCACAAGGUAAAAAAGAAGAAGGCUGGUUCUCGUUGCAGGAGCUAAAUCAGAGGCUUGUAAAGCUAAGAGAGGUGGAAGAGGAAGCAGCCCAGAGAACGAGGAAGGGCUUUGCCUUCGAUGAAUUGAGGUCUGGUAUUCAACAAACCAAGGAAGCAGCAGCCAGGAAAGCACAAGCCUUUCCGGACUUGGAUUUUUUCAGCGUUUUACAUGGUACCCCAAAGUAUUUGCUUGAGCCUCCCAAGGAGCAGCUACUUGAAACUUAUUUCCACCCGGAUAACAUGUCUUCCGCGGAGAAGAUGAAACUCGAGCUUGCAAAGGUCAGGGAAGAGUUCAAGAUGUCGGAAUCGGAUUGUGGUUCUGCACGAGUUCAAGUGGCGCAACUGACUACUAAGAUCAAGCAUCUAUCCUCUGUUCUACAUAAAAAGGACAAGCAUUCACGAAAGGGACUUAUAGCAAUGGUGCAGAGACGGAAGAAACUGUUGAAGUAUAUGAGACGAACGGACUGGGACUCUUACUGCCUUUCACUGUCAAAACUCGGCCUUCGUGACAAUCCAGAUUACAAGUUUUAG